AGAUGUAUGUGAGAUUGCAAGCCAUACACGAAUGACCUGACGUGUUCUGCAGAGACAGUGACUCUAUAAAUUAUAGAGAAUGCUGCCUUACGACCAGGCCUUCUCCACGGAGCCUCCACACAAUCCAGGUCUGGCCGUAGCUCGAAGCCUAUAUAAGGCUUCCCCUUUUCUCUCCAACCAGAAACUUCUCUCACCCAACUCCUCUGUCCACACAAAUUUUCAAUUCCUUUCACCCAUUUCCUCACUUCCCAAACAGCAAGCAAUCCUGAAUCCCAUGGCUGCCUGUAUUGACACUUCAAGAACUGGCUCACCCCAAAACAAGCCACUUUCUCGGGAUCCAAACAGGUCCAAAACGGACGAAGAUCCGUACCAGUUCAUGAGAUUCUGCCGUGGCAAUUUCUCAGAUCAAGUUUCUUGCCUACCCAUUUGCCAGAAUCGCACAAAAACCACACAUACACGCAGAAUCCUGGAUGAUCUUGAGCAAGAUGAAGACAAGGGCGAUGGGCUAUGGCUGAAAAUGCAAGAUGAAGCUCGGGCAGAUAUUAAUCAAGAACCCAUGUUGUCAAAUUUCAUUUACGCUUCAAUUUUGGCACAUGCAUCUCUAGAAAGUGCCUUAGCCAAUCAUCUGUCUGUCAAACUGAGCAAUUCUAGUCUCUCUCUUGGUACUCUAGUUGAUAUUUUCAUGGGGGUGCUCACAGAGGAUCAAGAAGUCAUCAAGGCCGUGAAGGAUGAUCUAAGGGCAGUGAAAGAGAGGGACCCAGCUUGCGUAAGCUAUACUCACUGUUUCUUGAAUUUCAAGGGCUUCCUUGCAUGCCAAUCGCAUAGGAUUGCACAUAAAUUGUGGUCACAGGGCAGGACGGUCUUGGCCUUGUUGAUCCAGAACAGGGUAUCUGAGGUUUUUGCGGUGGAUAUUCAUCCCGGGGCGAAAAUCGGACAUGGGAUUUUGCUCGAUCACGCUACUGGAGUUGUUGUCGGCGAGACGGCGGUGAUCGGAAACAAUGUGUCAAUUUUGCACAAUGUGACCUUGGGAGGGACUGGAAAGGCCUCAGGGGACAGGCACCCAAAGAUUGGGGAUGGCGUGCUUAUUGGGGCAGGGACUUGUAUUUUGGGGAACAUCAAAAUUGGUGAAGGGGCAAAGAUUGGGGCUUGUUCUGUGGUUCUAAAGGAAGUGCCUCCAAGGACUACUGCAGUUGGGAACCCAGCUAGGCUGCUUGGAGGGAAAGAAAAUCCAAUCAAGCACGACAAGAUUCCUAGCUACACCAUGGACCAUACUUACAACAUGUCUGAGUGGUCUGAUUAUGUUAUUUAGAGGCCUGUUUCUUCUCAUUUUAGGUUGUUGGGCCUGUUGAAUUUUCAGUGAGUUGGUUUUGUGUAUUUUGGGGCUUGUUUCUGUUUGUGCUUUAAGUGAGAACUCAAGUUCUCCUAAUAAGCAAACAGAGUGCGUUGAAGCUGGUAAGUUAUGUUGAAGCAGCUGUUGGUUUGUGUUGCUGGGCUUCUUGUGAUUUUAUGUACUCUUUGUAUCAUGUUAAGAUGUUGAGACUAUUAUCUGUUAUGGAUAUGAAGGUUUGAAGUAGUAUUUUUACUUGUGAA